AUGUCGCCCACAGGGGCAGCUCGGUGCCUUGUUUUCCUCGCGGGGUUGGGAUUCCUCGUUGGACUCCUUGACGCCAGCGCCGGUGAUGUCGAUCCGCUGUACAGGUGAAAAUUCGCCUUUUCCUUGUUUUUCUUUGUUGUUCUGUCUUCCAAUUAUCCACCGUUGUUCUCUUUCGGUUAGUUUACGGGAUUAGGAUGCAAAUGUGUCUUCUCUCUGAAGAAUCACGCGGGACUUGCUGUCCAAAAUGUGUUGCAAGAAAUUAAUUUCUGGGGGAGAGAACCUCUCAUAUUUUAUUUUGAAGUUUAGUUCACAACAUGUGAUAAGUUCUUCACUGUCAUAUGUUAGGAACUUCAUUCAUUUUCUUUUACUAUAGGAUUCAACUAGGAUGCGCUGUUUCCAUAUUUUACUUGAAAAAUUCAGUAGUAUAUGGCGGUUUAUUUCGAGUAUGAUCUGGAGACCGUCCAUAAAAUGAAAUCAAGAAAUCUUAAAAUAAUUUCAUUUAAAGUCGGAGAUUUAUUUGGAUUUUUUUCAUUUUUGUGUGUUAUCCAUGGAACAAAUGGAAAAUGCAGCUAGAUCUACAAUGGAAUCCUAUUUUGACUUUCAUUCUGAAAGUAAGAGAUCUUUGAACCCUAAGAGUAACUUCAUAAGAUUCUAUUUUUAUUUCCCUUCUAUCCAUCGAGACGGUGUGGAACCCAAGAACUUUUUCAUCAAUAUCCAUGUAGCAGAUUGACUGGUCUUAAAUCUUAACAUUUGUCGACCCUCUCCUUUAGAAUGAGAACAUAGUUUUUAUGAAAUGCUUGACCGUGAGUAGUUAUUAUUUGACUUCUGUGACAUACGAACUAGGAGUGCCAACUGGUCCAACUUUUUCCUGCCCCUUGCGUUGCCUAGCCUGAGGCUUGACAUCUUUUCCCGAGGCCUAGAACCAGCCCAAUCCCAAAGAGGAAGCUCGGAAAAUGGCACCUAUGCUAGACCCCUAUGAAGUCCAGGCAGUUGAAGAAUUCUUCUUUUUUUCUGUUCUUGCGUGGCUGAUAAGCUGCUGUAAAGGCACAUCUGAUGCCACUUCCAAUGUAAUGAAAUUAACUGUGUAGCUGAAAGUAGCUUUAUUAGCAGCAUCAUCAGUGGUAAAGUUUUCAUUUGAUACUAUUAUUUUCCCCACAGUAAUGGCCAGCCCCUGUGAUAUACGUCAUUCAUUGAGAAGACCUUACUAUUUUGUUGAAUCUAAUCCUAUCCUGUGUUGCAUUAUUUUUUAUCACUUAUAUUAUCAUUUUUCUAACCUUCCCACCUCUUCCUGGGUUUUUUUUUCCCUCUGUCUAUGUGCUAGAAUAAAUAUGUUUCUACUGAUAGGAUAAAUGUUUCUACUACUUAUAUUUAUCACUUGUAUUUUUCUACUGCUCAUGUUGGAAAAUAUGUUAGGUCAUAUAUUAUUUAUCUUUAGAAUAAAUAAUAAUUCUAUCCCUUUCUCUCAUCUUCUCGGUCCUGUGUCAGGCAAUACAGCUGACAACUGGGUAGCACCGUACAGUUAAAAUUAGUCACUCCCAGGAUUAAAUCCCUUCAAAACCGUACUGCAUAAUGCUUUACCAACCGUGGGAUUGACUUCGAUUGCCGCAAGGGGAUGUUAUCCAUGUUCUGCUUGCAUGAACCAGCUGUUUCAAUAGACACUCGUCUCCUGUCUGCGGACUGAAUCUGAAUAAGCCAUCUUUAAGCUCUAUGAGGAUUGGGGAAGGCCUUUCUGGUCCAUUACCACAAGGAAUGGCCGGCACUCUAUAUUUAUCUAACCACCUUCCUUUUGUCACAUUUCUCUUUUGCUAAUACCUUAGAUGGUCACCCAGAUAGUUCCUAUGACUCUUGAAAUCCCCAAACCCUUUUGAAACAGUUCUUUUCUAAAUUUUCUCUUGAAUCCCCUUCAGCAUUUUGAAACUUUGGAAAGCUUUUUUGUGAUAUCUAGUGCUACCAAUAUCUUCCUAGGAUCUUCUUUGAAAGAAGUUUUUCUGGAUUUCUGCUUUCUGGUAUACCUAUGAAACUUAAAACGUCUGAUCCACUCUUCCUUGCACUGCACCCUGCUAUUCAGACUUUCCACUCGUAUUCCUUCCGAUGUUCCUUUGACUAUGCUCGUCUCAUCAGUAUUUCUGGUCCCAAGUGGCCAAAUAUGACCCAGAGAAGAACAUUCCUGUUCCUUCAACUCCCAUGUUUCAUUGUGGGAGAAGCUGAAAGGGAUUCUGGUUGCAUUAAACCUGGAAAACAUCCCUUAUUUUUUCUUGUAAGGAUCGUUUUGGGGAUCUGUUGUGCAUUUACCUCUUGCAUUAUUUACCAUGAUUCUUUUGCAUAGAAAAUAUUCUAUGCAAAUUUUACAGUUACGCUUCAAAAAUCUCCUCGUUCCAUAGAUGGAGAGGGAACACUUGUUAAGCAAUGCCACCCGACAGAUGCACCUUGUAGUGGCAUGUUCUGGCAUCCAAGGGUAGAGAGUAUGCACCUCUCAAUCUAUUUGCAUGGAGUCCAGAGAAAAAUCUUCCUUUUAACUUGGAAUAGGCGACAAUACUGGUUAAGACCCAUUCCAGGUCCUUUUGGUUGUCCACCCUCAAUUUCCUUAUUUCCCAUCUUCAUUGCCAAUUUAUUCUUAUUUUCCGGUUUCUCUUAGAUUGUUUCGAUCGCGUAUUCUUCUUCCCUCUUUAUUGCUGGAAUCGUCUGGAACCGUGGUUAGAGAACACAGACAAUCUUCAGUUGGACUGCCUGAUUCAGAUCAGAAUCAAUGGUCAAUCCGAUAUUAAUGGAACUCCCAUUUCCCAUGCAAAAUUUUAAGCAGAAAUUCCAGUCAGUGGAAUAUUCUGGCUAUCUCCAUGGAUUGGUUGUUUAAGUCAAACCAAGCCUUUUAAAAGUUUGGUUGUCCUCUCUUAUGGGUAUAUGAAGUGGCGCUGUAAAGAUGUCCAUCGAAAAAUUGUAACUCUAACUGACUAAUUCCUUGACAUGAUUGAUUUGGUCAAUCCAAUACGCAUUGGAUUGGGCCUGGGCAUAUCUGGUUUCGGACUAUAAAACUUAUGUGCCAUCGUUAACUUUUUAUCUCGAAUCUUGGACAAUUCCAGAAUAGGCUUCAAUCACAUUUUUUCCCUUUUUCUUCAUGUGCUGAUUUCCUUCUAUAUUCUGUUUGUAAUUUAGCAUUCAACUCCAACAUCAUCAACUUGUAUGUCCCAUACUUCUCAUAAGUCGCACCAUCAACUUUAACUUCAUUUCUGCCGUCCAAUGCCCAAUGGCUCUUUUCCAAGCGCACUACACGUUGCUCUCUCUCUCUCUCUCUCUGUGCCACACACACACACACACACACACACAUAGGAAUUACUCUGCUUAGAUCCGAAGUAUUUUUCCGGGGCCUGCUUCUUCAAGUAUUUUUCCGUCUUCAUACCUAACUCUUUCCAUUCCCAUUAAAUUCUUUUUUCUUUUGGAACUCUAGCACUUUCCUCAGCUUGUACAGAGUAAAAGAAAAGUUUUUUUUCUUUUCUUGGGUAAAAGAAAGUCUACCUAAAGCUUUCUUCAUCUCAUUGACUGUCCACUUCGCAACCAUUCUUCAGUUUAAAGGAUGUUGAUGUUUAUCCAUGUUGAUAUUGAUCUUUCUUACAUUUUUAGCAGUAAAACGAUGGUUAAAGGCGUACACUUCUAGAUUGCACGAUCACUUAGCGUGGCUAUUUUCUAAUUUUGUUCUCUGUCAGAGCAGAGAAUUCAAACUUUCUCAAAAUUUGUUUGUCGGUGGAUCUUAACAUCCAUGUAUUAAGACAGCGACCUCUUUGCUUUAACCUCUGUAGAUGUGCAUAACCUAAGAUAAUGGUGUAUGUGGCCUAUUCUGACUUUGUGUGUGCUUUCUGAUCAUGAUGCCAGGAGUUGUGUGGAAGAAUGCGAAAAAAGUGGUCGAAUUGGUGACCUCACAUUUCGACACUGUUAUUUUUCUUCGGAUGGUUUUCCUUCUGAUGGGUCCUGGUACAUGCAAGAACCACUAUACAUACGUUGGAAACAACACAAUUGCAAGAGCGACUGCCGGUACCACUGCAUGAUGCAUAGAGAGGACGAGAGGAAAGUUCUCAGCCUGGAACCCGUGAAAUAUCAUGGCAAAUGGCCCUUUAUACGUGUAUCUGUCUUCCAGGUUUGCCUCUCAUUGCUGACUGAAAUCGCUGUUUGAGACAUUUCCCAUUUGUUCAUCUGUCCACCAUCCCUCCUGUGAGCAUACACCCCACCCCCCCAACCCCCCUAAAAAAAAUUCCUGUGUGCACCCUCUAUCGUUUUCUCUAUCACUUGACUUAUAGUGGUUUCUGGAAACACCGUACUCUUCCUGAAAUGGGCAUUGCUGUGGCCUACCUAUCCGUGGAAUGAAGGAUGCCCAUAUUUCGGUCUUGCCACUGCUUCUACCCUGCUUAUUUUUUUUUUUUCUUAAUGAAAUUUCUUGUCACCAUUGUCCAGGAGCCUGUUUCGGCAAUACUCUCUGCACUCAAUCUGAUAAUGCAGUUCAAUGGCUGGCUGUCCUUUUUCCUCCUUGUGAACUACAAGCUACCUAUGAGUCAGAGUAAGAGAUCCUACUAUGAGUAUAGCGGUUUAUGGCAUAUCUAUGGGCUUCUUGCCAUGAAUGCAUGGUUCUGGAGUGCUAUUUUCCAUAGUCGGUAAAACAACUUAUUUUCCUUGCAUGAAUUAUAAUUGGAAUCCUUUGAUUUUUAGAGAAGCUGUAAUUCAUCUCUCAUUGUGGUAUUUCUUUUUUUUUUUUCAACCGGUCUCUGCAGAGACAUCGAUCUGACCGAGAAGCUAGAUUACUCUGCCGCAGUAGCCCUGCUGGGGUUCUCCCUGGUGCUGUGUAUCCUUCGGACAUUCAGUGUGAGAGAUGAAGCCUCCAGGGUCAUGGUCGCUGCACCUCUGCUGGCUUUUGUCACGACCCACAUUCUGUACCUGAACUUCUAUGACUUCGACUACGGUAUUCUCUAAAACUGCCUCUUCCCCGCAUUCUUCUCCACCUAGUGAUUCAUCAUUUCACCCGUCUCCAUUUGCCCAUGACGUUUCUUGUGUCAUCUUUUCUUCGCUGGAAAUUCAUCCUUCUUUUAAAAGACGUUUCUUGUGCCCAUAUUCCUCUUGGUUUAUUUAUAGCUCGAUAGGAAAAACCCCCUACCUUCCAUUAUUUUGGGUUCCAUUUAGAUGUUACCUGGCUUCUCAACCAUCGACAGGGAAAAUCUAAAGCCCGGUUCUUCAUAUGUUCUUGAGCUUUUCUUUUUCUAUGAUUAUUAGUUCAUACUCCGCUGCGGUCUUUGCAGGGCUAAACAUGAAAGUGUGCGUGGGAAUGGGCGUGACCCAGAUCCUCCUGUGGGCGGUGUGGGCCGGAGCAACCCGCCACCCCUCUCGGUUCAAGCUGUGGGCGGUCGUCCUUGGCGGCGGCCUUGCGAUGCUGCUGGAGAUCUACGACUUCCCCCCCUACAAGGGCUACGUCGACGCCCACGCCCUCUGGCACGCCACGACGGUCCCCCUCACCCAUCUCUGGUGGGGCUUCGCCAAGGACGAUGCGGAGUUCCGCAUCUCCAGCCUCUUGAAGAAGGCUAAGUAG